AUGCCGGGGAGGUGCAGCCUGAGGAAGGCCAUUGCUCAGAGCUCUUCUCCAGUGCAGAUGGGCGCUUCCCCCCAGUGCCUGGGAGACGUGAGGGCUGUCUACAAGGCCUGGCUGUGCUCCGAGUAUUUCAAUGUGACACAACAACAGUGCCGACACCGGAUCCCAUGCAAGCAAUACUGCCUGGAGGUGCAGACCAGGUGCCCGUUUGUGUUACCGGACAACGACGAGCUGAUCUAUGGAGGCUUGCCUGGCUUCAUCUGCACGGGGCUGCUGGAGAGCCAGCUGCCCGAGGAGGAGGCCAAGUGCUGCGAGGUGCAAUGGGACUCCUGCGACCACCCCCCAGACAGCAGCUCCGACACAUCCCCCAAAUCCACGGCGUCAGAGUCGCUCCAUUACCACCGCCACGACCCCCACCUCCAUCACCAGCGGCAGAACCACUACCAUCUCUACCACCACCACCAGUACCACCACUCCCCGUCCUUGCUGCCGGUCUCCGCGGGGUCUCGCCUGGGCAGCAGCAGGAUCCGGCUGUGCGUGCUGGUUCUGAUGCUCCUCCACACCAUGGUGUCUUUCUCGAGCGUGCACAGCGGCGGCGGGGUCGGCCCAGAGACCCUGCCCUCCUUGGAUGAGAGCGUGGCGCGGGACGAGUGACGCGGAAGGCAGAGCCGACCUCCGAGAGGAAACGCCAGAUCUUUUUCCACGAAAGGGGGCACAUGCUAUUCCUCCAAUGGGAGGCACGGGAUCGGGGGUGACGCACACAGACACACCCCCACACAUACCCCCAAGAGCUGCUCGCCGCGGGGCAUCCCCGUGAUGAAGAGUCUCUAAUGCGCACAGGGCUGCGGGACUCGGCGGUGAGAAGGGUUCAGUCAGCAGCGGCCGGGCGGCUCGGCGUGGGGUGGGAUGGGAUGUGGAGUGGAGGGGGUGGGACCCCUCGGGAGGUGGCCCCAUGGGUACCGCAUGUGCCUUGGGUACCCACCAGCUACGUGCCAGGAGUGUGGAAAUCAGCCUAAUCCCCGUUUCUCCUCUGUCUGUAAAGCCCAGCACCCUGUGGUCCCAAACUGGUGGGAGGGUAUGGAGACAGCAUCUCUCCGCAACCCUCCUCUUCCCGUCCCUGGGGAAAACCCAGCAAGGCAAGGCAGUCCCUACACGGCCUGGCCGGGCUCCUUCUGCUGCUGGUAAUGCUGGUGGGGCUGGAGGAUGCUGUCCUGUGGUGCUGGUGGGGCUGCGCUGUGGUGCUGCUGGGAUUGGUGCCACUCAGCCCGGCGCUCCCUGCUUUGCAACAUGAUGGUUCCAUUUACCAUCUCUUGCUUGCUUUCCCCAUGGGAGAGGCUGCUCUCCGGGAGGCGUUAGGGAGAUGUGGUGAAGCUGAGGGUGUCUUCAGCUUGCAGUGGGAUCAAGGCUGGUAACAAUUGGAUGAAAGGCUUCGGAGGGCAUCCUUCCAUGCUUCGUGGCCACAAAUCAUCUACUGGAUGGCAGAAGGACUGGGUGAAGGGCUGGAGAAAUCUGGCUGGUAGGGAUGGUCUCCCACACACAGCAGAGGCGCUAAUAAGGCCCAGCUGGAGAAGGGAGUUCUCCCAAAAGCUUUUUAUCAAUAGUUGCCCCCAGAUCAGAGAACAUUGAGGAGCCCACCCAGGGCAGCGGCGCUCGCUCAGGCAAGGUGCAGCCUCAGUCAAUGCAGACUUUUUAUACCUGAGUUCAGCGUUUCUGGGCAUUCAGUCCUAAAUAGUCGCCAGGUCCCUCCCUGCCACGAAGCUUCCAAAUUCUCCAUCCACCCACAGGGCUCCGCAGGCAGCACGGAG